UUGUUGCCUGCCUCUACGCUUCGAUCAGAGAAACCGAGAGAGCGCGCGACGAGGAUCUUCGUUGCCAGCGAGGUGAGGCGAUUUACGAUCUCUGAAAUGGAUGAAGGAAAUAAUGAUAUUGUCUCGUUGACACGCCAGAUAGAACAACUUCAGCGUGCAGAGCGGGACGAACUAAGGAAAGACAUUGAGCAGUUAUGUAUGCAGCAAGCUGGUCCUGGCUAUCUCGCUGUUGCCACUAGAAUGCACUUCCAAAGGACAGCUGGUUUGGAGCAGGAGAUUGAGAGUUUGCAAAAGAAGUUGGCUGCAGGUACAAGAGAUAAGCAGAACCUUCAAGAGGAGCUUUCUGAAGCUUAUAGGAUUAAGAGCCAGCUGGCCGAUUUGCAUGGUGCAGAGGUUAUAAAGAAUAAAGAAGCUGAGAAGCAGCUGAAAUUCUUUCAAAGUAGUGUUGCUGCUGCAUUUGCUGAGAGGGAUCAGGCAUUGAUGGAGUCUGAGAAGGCAAAGGAACAUGAGGAAGCAAUGUUGCAAAAGCUAACCCAUCUGGAAAAUAGAGUAGAGGAAUUGCAUUCAGCAUGCCUUGAUGAGCAGACACUUAAUUCCACCUUACAGUUGGAGCUAAUGCAAAUAAAAGAGCAUAAUGAGUACUUUGAGAAGGUUGUGGAUAAGUUCUUUGAGAUCCAUGAAAAAAAUGCUGGGUUCAGUGCAGAUAACACAUGGAAAGAGAAAUGUUUGUGCCUUUUAAAUGAUUCUUCAGACAAGUGGACUUUCAAUGAUGAUAGCGAGAGCUUCUCUUUGAAGUACAUUGCCUCCUUAGAAGAAGAAUUAGGGAAGCUUCGUAACUCAGUAGAUAAGCUUCAGAGCAACAUUCGAAUGGGGCUUGAUAUUGAACGCCAUCUCAAAAUAAAAGUGCAGUCACUUGAGAGAGCACAAAUCGCUCUAGAUGACAUGAUCCAGAAUGGGCUAUCAAGCUUGCGUGAUUUUCAAAAACAACAGAGAAUGGAAAUAACAAAAAUAUUGGAAGGCGAAACAUUACAAUUGAAGACAAUUCUUCUUGACAUUCAGAAUAAGUUUAGCCAAAUUCAUAUGGAAAGAGAGUUAAAACUUGAAGCUCUUCAAAGUGAAAAAGUGUCUGAAGAUACUGAAUGCAGGGAUGUACAUAUUACAAAUGAUCUUGAUUCUGGUGUUUUAGCCGAGAAAAAUGACCCUCCUGUGGCGAGCAGCACCAACAAAAUACCUGAUGCAUCAGAUGCCCUCUCACAAGCAUUGCAAGAGAAGGUUGCUGCACUAUUGCUUUUGUCACAACAAGAAGAAAGACAUUUAUUUGAGGGGGAUGUUAAUAAAGCUCUUCUUAAAAAGGUGGAGGAACUUCAAAGAAAUUUAUCUCAGGUGACAAAUGAAAAGGUGAAUGCUCUUAUGGAGUUGGCGCAAUUGAAAAGAGAGUAUCAACUAUUGCAAGAAAAUAGCAUCAUUUCUGAGAAAGGAACUGUGGCCCAUGAACAAGGGACACUAAAAAAUCUGUUGAAGAGAACUUACUUAAAGCACUGGGUUGGAAAAGGUUCAAGUGAACAUGAAAAUGAGUUUCACCAAGGAACUACGGAAAGCAGCUCUGUCAACAGAAAGAUCUCCAUGGAUCUUGCAAGGCUUAAAAUCGAAAAUGCCGCCCUUCAGGAGAGCUUGGCAAAUAUGGAGCGUCUUACUUCUUCAAUUCGCAAGCUUCAUGUUUCGCUCCUCAAGGCAAAAGAUGACGUGAAGUCAGGCAGCCCUGUAGAAAAUAUCAUCAAAACACUGGAAAGUGUACUUGUAGAGGCGAACAAUAUGAAGACGGCUAUUGGCAGUUCUCUUCCGGUCAGCUGGUCUGCCGAUGUUGAUGCUUCCAUUAUCUACGCAAACCUUUAUGAGCCAACUGGCUCACCGGAGACACCUAAGAAUAACAAAGCUGACCCUGUUUCCGUGGCUGGAUUCGAAAUGGUCGAGCUCUUGAUACUUGCUGUUCUGUUGCAAAAGGAGACCUUAAUGGGUAUAUCUGAAAAUCCACAUAUCUGAUAAUGUGAUAAAAAUAUCUUGAUGAAAUUGUAAUUAUUUGGAGUGUGAAGCUGAAUACUUGAUUUUCAUGUAGCUAUGAAUAUGAAUAUGGCUCUUCAAUUAACAUGUGAUAUUUUCGUA